AAACCCCGCGUUGCUGAGAGCGCGCGUGCCAUGCUGGAGUUGGGCGCCGGCACGAAUCCGCCCGCGAGCAGCGCCUCGUCCAUGCUGUCCAUGCUCAACAUGGAGUCGUCCCGGUCCAACGCUUUCCUGCUGGGUAGCCCGCCGCUGGCCGCGCUCCACUCGAUGACCGACAUCCGCGCCAGCCAGGCGUCGUACUCGGCGGGCUCGCCGGCGCUCAAGGCGCAGGGCUCGCUUUCGUGCGCCUACUCGAGCGCCUCGGGGACUCCGCACGGCAUCAACGACAUCCUGGGGCGGCCGCAGGCAGCCGCCGCCGCCGCCGCGGCCGCGGCCGGUCUCGGCGCCAUCGGGCUGCCCCGCUUCGGCCUCGGUGCCGCCGGCGUCUAUUUCAACCCGGCCAACGGCGCGUUGCACAAGAUGGGCCUGGCAGAGCUGCCCGGCCGGCCGCACCUCUACUGGCCCGGCGUGGUACAGAACCCGGCGCUCUGGAGAGACCGCCUCGCGUCCGCCUCAGUGGCCCAGAACUGCUUGGACAAGGACGGCAAGAAGAAGCACACGCGACCCACCUUCUCCGGUCACCAGAUCUACGUUUUAGAGAAGACCUUCGAGCAGACCAAGUAUCUCGCAGGACCCGAGAGAGCCAAGCUUGCCUACGCCCUUGGCAUGUCCGAAAGUCAAGUAAAAGUGUGGUUUCAAAAUCGGAGAACGAAGUGGCGGAAGAAGCACGCCGCCGAGAUGGCCACGGCCAAAAAGAAGCACGACAACGAGGCGGAGCAGUUGCGCCACGACGAUGUGUCGGACCACGAGAUGGAGCACGGCGACGCCAAGAAAAUGCGCCAGGAGGACCCGCUGCUACGGCACCACCACCGCGACGACCGCCGGCCCGACAGCUUAGCCUCCAUCUAGGCGCCCGUGGAACCCGCUUACACACACAGUGCAAUACUCUUUUCCCCUCCCCGUGCAUUAUCGUUCGCCCUGUACAUAGUUAUUCUCCCAGGAGACCCAGAGACUGUACAUACUAUAAAAGACUGUGUGCGCUUUCGCGCUCAAUGUGCCACACCUCAGGUUGAGAGACAGAAAAAAAAGAAGAGGAACCAAAGGGACAAAGACUGUGCGAAGCGCGCGCACGGCGUCGGCUGUCCCUCUGCGUCCGCUCGCCUGUUCUUUGGGACUCGUCUUCCAUGCGCCUCCUUCGUGGACUCUGAGGCUGUGGGAGGGUCGCCCGCCUGGUCACAGCCCAGUGAGAGGACUCAAGUUCACAGUCGCGCCCUUCUGACUGCGCGCACCUCGUCGUCGCUGGACGUUGUCAUCCAGCACGCGUGCAAUUACGCGCGCGACUUGCGGGCGCAGGCCGUCGGCAGCGGGGCACGCGCGCCUGUACCAGGAGUACUGCUCUGUCAAGUGUGCGGCCAUGCUUGUUUCCACCGAUGUAUAAGAGAAAGCGGUACAUCGCGGCCCGUCGCACAUGUCAGUUCCUUGUACACUUCGAGAGAUGUUACACUCUAACUGACGCUUCUGACGACGGCGAGAGAUGACAGAGGCAACAUCUUCGAACGAAUCAUCGCAAAAGACGGGACGCGCCGAGUGGCGAACAAACACGGUCCCGUCUUUUGCGCUGCUUCAUUCAAAGAUGUUGCCUUACCAAGUAGCUCGGAUUCAGACCUUAGUACAUAACAGAGGCAGUCGACAAUGCGCCCGUGUGUGCUCAGCGUGGCGCGAUCGUUGUAUAAACUGAUGACGUAGCAUCUGCUGCUGCAUGCAGCCGUGGUUCUUUGAUUAGGUCUUUCAUAUGAAAUACGUAUCGUGCAUGCAUCUGGUACCACCAAGUUCUGUUAAUAUUGCAGCGCUCCUAGCGGGUAUGUCUGACAUCGAUUGAUAAGUGAAUGGGGAUCGAUGUGAUACGCGUGGUAUAUCUGUUUUGCGUAGUUGCGCUACUGUCCAGGCUUUCCGUUGUUGUCGUGCACCAGCGUAUAAGUGCGGUCAGAAAAAGGUAGAGUACGGUCUGACAAUGAAAUGAGCAACAACGCUAUCUUUGCUGAUACUUUUAGAAUGAUUAGUUGCAUUUCAAUAUGUGCGCAUAUAAAAAAGACUAUUUAAAUAAUUAUUUUAAUGUUAAGACUUAAAACAACCUUGAACUUAUUCUUGAUGAAAGCUAAUCAUUAUGUCCUCUUCCUGAAAAAUUGCUUGAAAUGACUCGCCGCCGCUCAAUGUAUUUGCUAUAGUUGCGUCAUUGUACAAUGUUCAAUUUCAAAUGAAAUGCCUAUUAGCGUUUCUUCCCUGCGUUAGUGCACCACUGUAAUGCAUUCAUCAGAAAGCUAAUAAAAUAAAUUAUUGCGCUAUUUAUUCUUUUCUGGAUUUCAAAGGGCACUUAAUACAACUGAAUCUUUCAAAGCAGGAACAGCAUCGCGAAAGAGAAAAAUGGCGGUACUGCGAAAUACUCAAGAGUGACAGCACACUCAUGUGUUCUGUACAACCAGCGUGACAGAACAACAAGCUUGCGGUCAAAUCGUUAUGCAUGAAUGCGACUUUCUUGCAUGUGAUUAAGUACUCUGUGGUGUAAUUUUUUACAGAUCGUUGCGAAAGUGAUGUAAGAUAUUUCUAUAAGUAAGUGCAAUUUAGAUUAUGUGUUCAAGGUAUAAGCCGACGCAGCGAUAAAGCAUCCGCAACUCCGGAAUUAUUUUGUUCAAGUCCAAAGAAGAAAAAUGGGUCACAGAAAUAUGGGGACUGGGAUUGAUCAACAAUAGGGACAGAAAGGGACACUCAGCUUAACGCCAGCGUUUCGACAAGUGAACAUUGUAUUCGUCGAGGGACCACUUGUCUUCGCCCACGUUGUCCUUGUCAGGGGACUGUCAUCGCCUCCUGGCGAAUGUAAGUCCCAUUAUCUAAACGUUCAAUAAUGGCUGAAUCUGAUCGCUCACUGUCGGUAAAUUAAUUCAGCAGUGGUUACACAACAUUCCAUCAGCGAGUAAGCGGAUAUAAAAGCUGUGCUGUGAGACUCGAGCCGUUCAUUUAGUCACGACGACUUGCUGUUAGCGCAUCCUUCACCCGAGUAACGUCACCCAGCAGAAUCCAGUAGACCAAAUAGCGUGGCGUCCCUGUCGGUUGUGCCUGACUUGUAACCCUUUUCCCAUAGGACACAGCGUGAGUGCAACCACGUUUGGGAAGCCCAGGCGAGCAUCGUGUUAUACUUAUGUGUCUCCCACUGUGUUCUUUGUUUACAUGGCUUCGAGUGUACCAGCGUGCACAUGUAAAUAGAUGAUGUGACUUAAACUUGCACGUGGAUGGUUACUCUCUAGAGUAGGAAACUAAUGUAGAACAUUCGUCAUUUUCCUUGAAAUGAGGAUAUGUCAUCCAAGACAUGAGAAAAAAAUAAUAACUGGGAAAAAAGAGGAAGUGACAACUUUCUUGUCAAGGCAGAACGCUUUAUUUUCUGUUUAAAAAAUAUAAUUGAGUCCAGGAGUCCUAGUUCGCAACCCUGUGCUGAUCGUUGUGUUCACCGAGUGUUGUGCAGAAGUUGGUGACAUAAGCCGUGCGGACGUCUUCUCCGAUUCAAAAUAUUGUGACUUAGUGCGUCACGCUAAAGCUAAAGGUAUCCCUACGCACAACCCAUGGUGCUUCAUGUCUUCCUUUUUUCUUUUUUUCCUCAGUGCGUGAUUAUUGAAUGUUUCUCGCUGGACGAAGAAACCAACAGGCCAUAUUAAUAAACCUACUGUCGUGUUUCGAUGAUACGGCGAAGCUUUACAACAACGGCAUUUCUUGUGAUCUCGACGAUGUAUACAGUUGGCGUCCAAAGUACAUGGCUUGAGUACGCUGAAAAUCGUGGCAUUCUUGCCGUGUGUGCCGCCAUGCAAAGUUAUUCUCAACGUUUGUGUAAUUUUGUUUUUGUCUCUCUCCCUCGUGGAUCAAAACUAAUGGCGUGAUUGCCAGUGUCGCUGUCCUGUCCCAUCUGCACGCGCCACUGGGGUUUUGUGCUGGUUCUGUAUAUUGACAUAAAUGUGUUAUUUACAGUGUCUUUUUUGCCGAAGCAAUAAGAACAAUAAAAAAUGACAUCUUCCAA